CGCUCAUUACCCCAUUCGUCUCCCGGCCACGAGAACCACACGCGCGCGACAUACUCUUCUUCUCCCUGCAAUCCCGGUCCAUUGGCUCCCACGCCUCGCCCAUCUACCUCGCCAGCAAUUGUCGCCAGACACUCGCCUCUGAUCCCUCCCGCUCCGCUUGCCUUUAUACCCCCGCGCCCGUCCUCCACUGUAGUCGCUCCAGUCCUCACACACCUCAUCCACAAUGUCUGCGCCGUACGAGAUCCGUAACAACGAUACCGGUAGAAGCAAGAAGCAGAGCAUGGCCGAGCUGAAGCUGCGCCGUCUCAAUGAGCUCAACCAGAGACUGCAAGAGGACCUGAACCGUAGAAGAAUUCCUGUUUCCGAGGCAUCCAUGGACCUAAUUGCUUUCACCGACAAGGAGCCCAAGGACUUCAUGGUUCCCAGCCGCUGGGGCACCAUCGACAAGCGCGACGACCCCUACGCCCCCCAACAGUCUGGCGGAUGCUGCAUCAUUAUGUAAAGCAGUUCUCCUUUUCCUUUUACAAGAGACAUCAUACCGGGUUACCAGCACUGGCGUUUUCGGUGGAGAGUGGCGGUUCGUGUUUCAACUUAAUCAUCUUUUUUCCUUUCUUUCAUCCUGAGCAAGAGACGGCAGCACGGUAGACUGGCUGUGCGCUCCCGGGAGG